UUGGCAGUAUUAUAAGUUAUAAGAAGGCAGAUCAAGUAGAAAUUAGUGAAAUAGAUUUAUUAGAUAAUGUGACAUCUAGUAGUUCUGCAUUAUUAUUAAUUAAAGAGAUCAUUAAUUUAAAAGUUAAAAAUUUAGAAUCUUCUUCUGUAAAAAUAACUCUAAUAGUUUUUUUGCUAAUUUAG